UGUUUCAUUAAAAAACCGUAAUAUGUAGAAGAUGUUUUAAAACUUAUACUUCCAAACCAAACAAACCUAGCAAAGAAGAGCUCCUACGUCAGCAUAAAGAACGUUGUAGAGUUAACGAGUCUAUAACUCCUGUUAUGCCUGAACCAGAUACAGUCACCAAAUUUGAAAAUUGGGGUAACACUGAACGUCAUCCUGUUGUCAUAUACGCUGAUUUUGAAGCUGUUUUGUUCAAACACAAGUCCGAAGAAUCACUGGAGAAGAAUACACAGAUAACGCAUGAUCAUGAGCCUAUGAGUUAUUGUUAUUAUGUUAAGGUUAGAGACGAUAUACCAACAUCAUUACUCGAACAGUUUUCAAUUCCAACGUAUCCAGUGUUGUUCAGAGGGGACGGUCAUGGAGAAAAGGGUGCGGUAGCUAAACAUUUCGUUCAAGAAAUUGUGGAAGUGGCUCGAAAUAUAUCUCAAAUGUUACAAGUCAACUUGCCCAUGACUUUUAAGCAAGCUGACGCGAAGAAACAUAAUGAUAUAGUAAAACGCGGUGUGUGUCCUUUAUGCAAUGUUAAGUUCUCUAUAAAUAAUUACCCAGUUCGCGAUCAUGAUCAUUUAACAUCCAAGUACAAAAAAACAAUUUGUAAUGAAUGUAACUUAAAGUUAAAGUCUCCUAAAUUUGUCCCCUGCUUUUUUCACAACUUAUCCAACUAUGACGGUCAUUUCAUUGUAACACAGCUUGGAUACGACGAUAAACCCAUAACUGUUAUACCUAACAGUGAAGAAAAAUUUAUUUCUUUUUCAAAAUAUGUGGCGAAAGCCUUCAAAAUAAGAUUUGUUGACAGCAACAGGUUCAUGGCGUCAAGUUUAUCAAAACUAGUCGAAAAUUUAGCCAAAGGGGAUGUAGGAUAAUUUAAAGAUACUAAAAAACAUUUUCCAAAUUCAGAUAUCAGUCUUAUUACCCGUAAAGGUGUUUACCCUUACGAGUAUACAGACUCAUUUGAGAAACUUAACGAAACAUCGCUACCAUCUAUAAAUGAGUUUUAUAAUUCUUUAAAUGAGAGUAAUAUAACUGAAGAGGACUAUCAACAUGCUCAGAAAUUUUGGAAACAUUUUAAGUGUACAACGUUAGGACAAUAUAGACUACUGGUAUUUGAAGUUGGACGUGUUGUUAUUAUGUGACGUGUUUGAGUCUUUUAGAGACCUUUGCCUAAAAACUUAUGGAUUUGACCCUAAUUACUAUUACACCGCACCCGGCAUGUCUUUUGAUUGUAUGUUGAAACAUACAAAUAUUGAGCUCGAGCUAUUACACGAUUAUGACAUGCUCAUGAUGUUGGAGCAGGGAAUUAGAGGAGGUUUGACAACGGCAGUACGCCGAUAUUCGGAAGCUAAUCAUAAAGGACUUUCUAGCUAUGAUAUUAGUAAGCCGGAUAACUGGAUCAUAUAUCUUGACGCUACAAAUUUUUAAAUACGGAUGGGCCAUGUCACAGUAUCUGCCUAAAGAUGGAUUUAAAUAUAAAUAAACGUUCAACGAUACUAAAAAUGUAUUUGACAUUUUACGAGCGCAAUCCAAAAUCCGUUUCUCAAAUCAAUUUAAAGAAAUAAGAUUCUCUUUGGAUUGCACUAUGAAACAGCGUGAUCAGAUGUUAAAACUACGGCAAGAACUCAAAUCUCGUCGCAACAAUGGUGAACAAAAUAUUAUUAUUAAAUAUAUUAAAGGUAACCCAACCAUUAUUAAUAAUCCAAAAAACUAAAUCGCACUUCAUGUACUUUAUUAAUAUAUUAUCAAAAUGUUCGUGGUAUAAAUACCAAAUUAAAUUCAUUUAUUCCAUUGUCAUCUUUAGAUAUUUUUACCUUUACUGAAACAAGGCUCACAAAUAAUUUAAAUUCUUCGGAAUUAGGCAUUAAAAAUUA